AUGGACGACUCCUGGCAAGAAAACGCAUUCAACUCCCGCCACAUGCACAACCGUNGUAAACCGCAACGGCAAAUCCAGCAACGGUGGCAGCGGCAAAUCAAAAGAACCACCUUCGACGUGCGCAAAACCUUUGGAAGCUAUACUGUAAAGUGUCCUGCAUGGCAUAAACUUCAAACCUCCGAUGGUGGAACAAAAGGCGAUGGGAAUGCAGUUUUGGAAUUAUAUAGACUGACGGAGUGUGGGAAGGGGAUCGUGNGGGAAAUGUCGUUGGAGGGGGUGUUGAGGGCUGCGGUGUUGUUGGCGGCUAGUAGGAAGAGUUUGCAGGGGAUUUUGGAGAGGUUGGAGCCUGUCGAGGAAACGGCAGAGGAGCAAGUCGACAAAGAGGCUGAAAAAGGAGAACAGAAGAGUGAUGGAGACAGCGAUGAGGAAGAAGAGGAAGAGGAAGAGUCAGAAGAAGAAUCCGAACCUGACCGUUUCGAAACUUUCGAAAAGAACAGUUUCAGAGAGCCAAAGUUUUGGCUAAGAUGGAAUGGUGUGCUCGAAUCACCAGCAGUGGGAGAAGAAAAGGCCGAGUCAGGGCUCGGCUAUAUUAUCUUCCCAAGCAACGAUUGUCGCAAGUUCAAGGGGACGCUGAACUGUGCUUCUCUGGAGUGGAAGGAUGUUGCUUUCUCUGGUCACAAGAUUGCUCCGAGAUCAGAGUCUGAUAUACCCGUUGCAUGGGGUCUGAAUGAGGUGCAGAUGUGA